AUGGCCGAGGUCCUCAACGCCAACCCCACGAUCAGGAACGCCUCCGACUUACCAAGCCGUAGGCGGCAGGCUCACGCUCAACCAUCAUCAACCACCCCCAAAGGCCUGUUCUCGAGCAUAGUUCCUCCGUCGGCAUAUCUUCCAGACCCAUUCUCACCUUCCUCUUCUUCGGCUUCAGACCAAGAUGAUGCCGAUAUCGAGCCAAUCGACGAGCAGGAAAUUUAUGACCUCAUUUCCCCCAUCUCAGACCCAGAACAUCCCUUAACUCUCGGCUCACUCUCCGUCGUCAAUCUCCCGGAUAUUUUCCUCACCCCCACAUUUCCAGAGAGGGGUUCAUUGUCACCACUCACGACGCUUACCGUUCUCGUCACCCCUACCAUAACGCAUUGCUCCCUCGCCACAGUAAUUGGCCUAGGCGUGCGAGUAAGGCUCGAGCAAGCUCUGCCGCCUCGGUUUCGAGUGGAUGUUAGAAUCAAAGAGGGUACGCACAGUACGGCCGAACAGGUCAAUCGACAGCUAGGGGAUAAGGAAAGAGUGGCGGCUGCAUUGGAGAAUGGAACACUCAUGGGAGUCCUGAGAAAAAUGUUGGAAGGGUGUGAGAGUGGAGCAGUAUGA